AUGAAUGUGCUCGCGCCCUCACCUCCUGUUUCGUUGCGGGAAUCUUUGUCAAAACAUGACAUAACAUUCCCACCGAGUCCGGCAACCACGGUGAGGGAAGGCCAAUCUCAUAGCGUCGACGGAUCAGAGGCAGGCCUACUUGAUGAAUUCGCCCCCGAAGAACCCCGCGGGUAUCCUUUGCCUCCAAAAUCAAGAGUCAACAAGGUCUUGACAGAAGACCUCAAGACACCAGACAGCCACGUCGUUCGAGAUCCUCGACUGAUACGUCUCACUGGAGUUCACCCUUUCAAUGUUGAGGCACCCUUGAGCGCCUUAUACAACGAAGGGUUUAUCACGACCAAGGACCUGCAUUAUGUUCGAAACCACGGAGCUGUGCCCAAAUGCGCGGACGAGGACAUGUUUGACUGGGAGUUCACUGUUGAGGGCGAAGUCGAGAACCCAAUCAAAAUGUCUGUCAGGGACCUCAUCGCGGACUACGACCAAAUCACGUACCCGGUAACCCUCGUGUGCGCAGGGAACCGCCGCAAAGAGCAGAACGUGGUUCGCAAGACCAAGGGUUUCUCCUGGGGCCCUGCCGGCUUGUCGACCGCCAUCUGGACGGGUGUCGGCAUCGGCGACCUCCUUGCUCGAGCAAAACCCAGGAGAGGGGCACGGUAUGUUUGCUUCGAGGGCGCGGACAAGCUACCAAACGGGUAUUACGGAACGAGCAUCAAACUGAACUGGUGUAUGGACCCAAACCGUGGGGUGACUGUCUGCUACCGCAUGAAUGGCGAACUGCUCCCUCCCGACCAUGGGAAGCCCGUCCGCAUCAUCAUUCCUGGACAGAUUGGCGGCAGAAGCGUCAAGUGGCUGAAGAAAAUCAUAGUCACGAAAGAGCCCAGCAGCAACUGGUAUCACAUCUACGACAACCGCGUGCUGCCAACCAUGAUCUCUCCCGAGGCCAGUGCAGACCUGCCCGACACAUGGAAGGACGAGCGGUAUGCCAUUUACGAUCUCAACACCAACAGCGCUAUCGCCUUCCCUGCACACGACGAGGUCUUGUCACUGACCAGUGGUCCCGAAUCAUACAAAGUUCGUGGCUACGCCUAUGGAGGUGGCGGAAGGCGCAUCACAAGAGUCGAGAUUACCCUUGAUCGCGGCAAGACGUGGAUGCUUGCCAACCUCAACUAUCCUGAAGACUUGUAUCGACUGGCCCCGGAGGGCGAGACUCUGUACAGCGGCAGAGUGGAUAUGGACUGGAGAGAAACGUGCUUCUGCUGGUGCUUCUGGGAUUUGGACAUCCCCAUCAGCCAGCUCGCCGACGCAGCAGACGUCAUGGUACGAGCAAUGGACGAGAGCAUGAUGACGCAGCCGAGGGACAUGUAUUGGAGCGUCCUAGGUAUGAUGAACAAUCCUUGGUUCAGGGUCAUCAUCCACAAGGAGGGGCACAGCUUGCGCUUCGAGCACCCCACGCAGCCAGUCUUGGGAGGUGGCGGGUGGAUGGAGCGAGUAAAGAAGGCCGGUGGCAAUCUGUCCAACGGCUUCUGGGGCGAGAAGAUCGAAGGUGAAGCGGAGGAGGUGAUUGAGCAAGAACCACCCAAGGAGAUCUGCAUGACCAAGGAAAGCGUCAAGCGAAGCAUCACCAUCGAAGAAUUGCGGCAGCACGGAGGCGAGACGGAGCCAUGGUUCGUUGUCAAUGGCGAGGUUUACGACGGAACUCCUUUCCUAGAGUGCCACCCAGGUGGUGCAACGUCGAUCACGAGUGCCGCGGGUCAGGAUGUAUCGGAAGAGUUCUUGACCAUUCACAGUGAAAACGCAAAGGCAAUGAUGCCCGACUACCACAUUGGUACUCUGGACGAGGUUGGGAGGAAAGCACUUGCUCUGGGCGAGGUUGAGGAGCUACACGACGAUGGUCCACGGGCCAUCUUCUUGCAACCCAAGAUGUGGACGAAGGGUAUUUUGUCGGAAAAGACAAGGAUAUCUCCCGACAGCAAGAUAUUCAGCUUCAAGCUCGAGCAUCCGGACCAGGCCAUCGGUCUGCCAACUGGUCAGCACUUGAUGAUGAGGCUGCGCGACCCGGUAACCCGAGAGACCAUUAUUCGCGCUUACACGCCCCUUUCAGAGUGUUCACAAAAAGGAAAGCUGGAUGUGCUCAUCAAGAUCUAUAACGAUCUUCCGGGUCGUCCCGGCGGUAAGAUGACGCAGGCGCUCGACGCGAUCCCCGUCGGCCACUGGGUCGACUUCAAAGGCCCUGUCGGCAAAUUCGAGUACCUCGGCAAGGGCAUCUGCAGCAUUUCGGGCAAGGCGCGGAGCAUCAAGCGCUUCAUCAUGGUCUGCGGAGGCUCCGGCAUAACGCCCAUUUUCCAGGUACUUCGUGCCGUCAUGAAUGACGCUGAAGAUUCAACAAGGUGCCUCGUCCUUGACGGCAACCGCGCCGAACACGAUAUUCUUUGCCGCGAGGAUCUCGACACCAUAGCUACCGCUAACCCAGACAAGUGCCGGCUAGUCCACACGCUCACCCGACCACCUAGUGGAUGGAAGGGUCUGACGGGUUACCUAGACAAAACUGUCUUCGAGGGGGAGGUGGGCCCGUGUCGCAACGACAACGGCGAGGAGAUGAUACUUAUGUGCGGCCCGCCAGCGCUAGAAAAGAGCGCGCGCGACAUCCUGUCUGAAAUGGGCUGGAGAGACGAAGAUUUCCUCAUCUUCUAG